AUGGUGGAUGUGAAUGUAAGAGAUGAUGCAUAUCAUACAUAUGUCCCCGAGCUCUUCGCAUCCACUCUUGCACGUCUAGCUCGAUCAGGUACGAUUUUGGUUGAUCAGCGUCCGGAUCCCUUGCUUCAAGUCCAACGCGCUUCUAUGCUUGCACUUGCUCCUCCUUUUAUGUCGAGGGAUGUUGUUUUGGUUGAUGUUGAUGUUGAUGUUGAUGAUGAAGAGGUUAAGGAUGGGAAUGUUUUCAUCAAUGAUUUGAAUCAGGAAUUACGAUUACAAUUACAAUCACAAUCACAACUAGAAGGAUCCGAAUCCGAAUCAAAUUUCAAUCCCCGAAAAAGAAAUCCAGAAGAAAUAAUAACCUCGACCGCAACCAUUCUACCACCCAUUUCCACCCCUUCAACCUCCACCUCUCCAACCUCCACCUCCGCCUCUCAAUCCUCCACCUCAACAUCAACACUGGCGUCAUCAGACACAAGUAGUGGACUGGCGUCCGCUGCUACGGGCACCACAGCCAAUCUACCCACGCCGUUCGAUAGUGGAUUUACGAGUAAUAUCACGGCGUCAUGUUCGAGUUUUAUGAUGAGUUUUUUGGCCAAUGAGACUUUUAAGGCGUGUUUGCCUUUUUCGCUGUUGUUGCAGAACUCCAACUCCUUCUUCCAAGCCACCAAAUCCCUCGUCCGCAUAACCCAAACUCUCUCCGCCUCCUGUUCAGCCUCCCCCCUCACCUGCAACAACCUCAUGACCACCCUCGCCGCCAAUAUCUCCACCCCCAGCACCUGCGCCCCGGACCUACUCGCCCUCAACCCCCUCGUUACACAAGCUCGCCUCGGUCUCCUCGCCUACUCCACCCUCUACACCGCCUCCUGUCUACAAGACCCUUCAUCUGGCGCAUACUGCUACGCGCAAGCCGUGACCAACGCUUCGUCCCCCACCGAUUCAUAUAUUUACUAUCUACCGCUCAAUGUCAGUUUACCGGAUACUGCGCAGCCGUCGUGUAACACGUGUUUGAGGAAUACAAUGAAGGUGUUUGAGCAGGCGGGGAGUGUGAGGUCGAGUGCGGUGGCGGGGGAUUAUGUGGAGGCUGCGGAGAGGGUUAAUGGAUUUUGUGGAGAGGGCUUCGUAAAUGCGAGUUUACCGGUUGCGACGGUUUUGGAGGGGGGAGGGGGGAGGUUGGGGGUGGGGUUGGAAGGCGUGAAUAAAAUCUAUACCCAAAAUCGAAAGCGGAGUCGGAGUUGUUAUUCUUGCAAUUGGGAAUCGGGAUAUGGAAUUGGGAUCUUGGAAUUUGGGAAUUCGGAAAUCGGAAAUGGAAUGGGUAAUCGCAAUCGGAAUUUGGGAACAGGGAAACAGAAUCCGGAGUUUGAUCAGGAAUUAGGAUUGGACUUGAGAAUCGGAGUUGGAUUCGGAACUGAGAUCAAAACUGAGAUCGGAGCGUACUGUACUGUACGUAUCGGAUAG